CAGUGAGCUGACAGGGAAGGUAACCGGUUCCACCUCCUGUCCCGACCGACUCAUCCCGGCCGCCUUUGUGGUCGCACCCUGCCAUCGGCCUCAACUUCCAGGAAACGGGCUCCUUCCUAUCUCCCACCUGCCAUCAGAGCCGGGAGAGUCGUUCCGAGACGCCUCCGGGGCCCGGGCUGGACAUGAACAGCGGCUGCUGGUCCUGGGACUAGGCCCCGCCAUUUUGGAUCCGCUGACAGGUUUGCCAGGAUGGUGGAUAAGAAUGUUUACAUCAUUCAAGGGGAGAUUAACAUUGUGGUUGGGGCCAUCAAACGAAAUGCCCGAUGGAGCACCCACACUCCAUUGGAUGAAGAACGGGAUCCUCUGCUGCACAGUUUCAGUCAUCUAAAGGAAGUUUUAAACAAUAUAUCAGAACUCUCCGAGAUUGAGCCCAAUGUAUUUCUCCGUCCAUUCUUGGAAGUGAUUCGCUCUGAAGAUACCACUGGCCCGAUCACUGGACUGGCACUCACUUCUGUCAACAAGUUCCUGUCCUAUGCGCUCAUAGAUCCCAUUCAUGAGGGUACAGCUGAGGGCAUGGAGAACAUGGCAGACGCUGUCACCCAUGCCCGUUUUGUGGGCACGGACCCUGCCAGUGAUGAGGUGGUCCUGAUGAAAAUCCUUCAGGUUCUGCGGACUCUGUUGCUGACCCCAGUGGGUGCCCACCUGACCAAUGAAUCUGUUUGUGAAAUUAUGCAGUCUUGCUUCCGGAUCUGCUUUGAAAUGAGACUUAGUGAGUUAUUGAGAAAAUCCGCAGAGCACACUCUCGUAGACAUGGUGCAGCUGCUCUUCACAAGGUUACCUCAGUUUAAAGAAGAACCGAAGAACUAUGUGGGGACUAACAUGAAAAAGCUGAAAAUGAGAGCAGGCGGCAUGAGUGACUCAUCCAAGUGGAAAAAGCAGAAGAGAUCUCCCAGGCCCCCUCGCCAUAUGACCAAAGUCACACCAGGUUCAGAGUUGCCCACCCCCAAUGGCACCACCUUAGCCUCUAACCUCACUGGUGGCAUGCCCUUCAUUGAUGGGCCUACACCCAUCUCCUCUGCAAGUUCAGAAACUGCCUCAGCAGUGGUCAGCCCCUCUACAGACAGCGGCCUGGAGCACUCCUCCCAGGCCACCUCCAAGGAGGACCUCACCGAUCUGGAGCAAGCUGGCUCUCCAGGCUACAGUGCAGCUGCAGGGCCUGUGAGCAAUGAGCUCAGGGCUCCCGAACAGCCUGACCCCCAGGAAAGUACCCAGGUGGAAAAGGCCCAAUCGGCAUCUGUGGAAUCUAUCCCUGAGGUAUUGGAGGAGUGCACAUCCCCUGCUGACCACUCCGACUCUGCCUCUGUCCAUGACAUGGAUUAUGUCAAUCCCCGGGGUGUGCGCUUUACACAGUCCUCCCAGAAAGAAGGUACAGCUUUGUUACCCUAUGGACUUCCGUGUAUCCGAGAGCUCUUCCGUUUUCUCAUCUCUCUCACCAACCCACAUGACCGCCACAACUCAGAGGUUAUGAUCCACAUGGGCCUGCAUUUGUUGACAGUAGCGCUUGAGUCAGCUCCUGUCUCCAAGUGCCAGACCCUCUUGGGCCUCAUCAAGGAUGAGAUGUGCCGCCACUUAUUCCAGCUCCUCAGUGUAGAACGCCUGAACCUUUAUGCUGCUUCCCUGCGGGUAUGCUUCCUGUUGUUUGAGAGCAUGCGGGAGCACCUCAAGUUCCAGUUGGAGAUGUACAUCAAAAAACUCAUGGAGAUUAUCACUGUGGAGAACCCCAAGAUGCCUUAUGAGAUGAAAGAGAUGGCACUGGAGGCUAUUGUGCAACUCUGGCGCAUUCCCAGUUUUGUCACUGAGCUCUACAUCAACUAUGACUGUGACUACUACUGUUCCAAUCUUUUUGAGGACCUCACCAAGUUGCUGUCCAAGAAUGCCUUCCCUGUCUCUGGUCAGCUCUAUACAACACACCUGCUGUCACUUGAGGCCCUAUUAACAGUGAUUGACAGCACUGAAGCCCACUGCCAAGCCAAAGGCCUCAACAACCUCACCCAGCAGGAAAAGAAAGAGGCAGCCAGACACAGCUGUGAGGCAGUAGAUGGUACCCGAGACGCCAGUAGUGUUGAGAAAGCAGUCAGCGAGAGGAAAACUGUAGGCAUGGCCCCUGAUAUCCCAGGCCUGCAUCUGCCAGGUGGAGGACAGCUGCCAGCAGAACACGGGAAGUCAGGAUGCAGUGAUCUGGAGGAUGCUGGUGAUUCUGGGGCUGACAAAAAGUUUGCCCGGAAGCCACCUCGAUUUUCUAGUCUCCUGCCAGAGUCACAGGAACUGAUUGAAAUUAAAAACAAAAAGAAGCUGCUGAUCACUGGCACAGAGCAGUUCAACCAGAAACCAAAGAAAGGGAUCCAGUUUCUACAGGAAAAGGGCCUCCUAACUAUCCCAAUGAACAACACAGAGGUAGCCCAGUGGCUCCGAGAGAACCCUCGACUGGACAAGAAAAUGAUUGGAGAGUUUGUGAGCGACCGUAAAAACAUUGACCUGUUGGAAAGCUUUGUGAGCACCUUCAGCUUUCAAGGUCUGAGACUGGAUGAGGCUCUCCGCCUCUAUCUGGAAGCCUUCCGCUUGCCUGGGGAAGCACCAGUCAUCCAGAGGCUGCUAGAGGCAUUCACAGAGCACUGGAGGAAUUGUAAUGGCUCCCCAUUUGCCAAUAGCGAUGCCUGCUUUGCCCUGGCCUAUGCUGUCAUCAUGCUUAAUACUGACCAACACAACCACAAUGUUCGCAAACAGAAUGCACCCAUGACCCUGGAGGAGUUUCGCAAAAACCUAAAAGGUGUGAACGGAGGCAAGGACUUUGAGCAAGACAUCCUGGAGGACAUGUACCAUGCCAUCAAGAAUGAGGAAAUUGUGAUGCCUGAGGAGCAAACAGGUUUGGUUCGGGAGAACUAUGUAUGGAAUGUGCUACUCCAUCGGGGUGCCACCCCUGAGGGCAUAUUCCUGCGUGUGCCUGCUGGCAGCUAUGAUCUUGACCUCUUCACCAUGACCUGGGGCCCCACAAUUGCUGCUCUUUCUUAUGUCUUUGACAAAAGCCUUGAGGAGACAAUCAUCCAGAAAUCCAUCUCGGGCUUCAGGAAGUGCGCCAUGAUCUCCGCCCACUACGGCCUCAGUGAUGUGUUUGACAAUCUCAUCAUCUCACUGUGCAAAUUCACAGCUCUCAGCAGUGAGUCUAUUGAGAACCUGCCCAGUGUAUUUGGAAGCAACCCUAAAGCCCACAUUGCGGCCAAGAUGGUCUUCCAUUUGGCACACUGUCAUGGCGACAUCCUGCGGGAAGGCUGGAAGAAUAUCAUGGAAGCCAUGCUGCAGCUCUUCCGAGCCCAACUGCUGCCUCAAGCUAUGGUGGAGGUAGAAGACUUUGUGGAUCCCAAUGGCAAGAUCUCUCUGCAGCGGGAAGAGACACCAUCAAACCGAGGAGAGUCAACAGUGUUGAGCUUCGUGAGCUGGCUGACACUGAGUGGUCCUGAGCAGUCUAGCAUGCGAGGCCCAUCCACUGAGAACCAAGAGGCCAAGAGAGUGGCCUUGGACUGUAUCAGGCAAUGUGAUCCAGAAAAGAUGAUCACAGAAAGCAAAUUCCUCCAACUGGAGUCACUGCAGGAGCUCAUGAAGGCUCUAGUCUCGGUGACACCAGAUGAGGAGACGUAUGAUGAGGAGGAUGCUGCUUUCUGUCUGGAGAUGCUGCUGAGGAUUGUGCUGGAGAACAGGGAUCGUGUGGGUUGUGUCUGGCAGACCGUUCGAGACCAUCUAUACCACCUGUGUGUUCAAGCACAGGAUUUCUGCUUCCUUGUGGAGCGGGCAGUGGUGGGACAGCUGCGCCUGGCCAUUCGGCUGCUCCGGAGAGAGGAGAUCAGUGGCCAGGUACUGCUCUCUCUGCGCAUUUUGCUACUGAUGAAGCCCAGUGUGCUGUCCCGAGUUAGCCACCAGGUCGCCUAUGGGCUCCAUGAACUCCUUAAGACAAACGCAGCCAACAUCCACUCAGGGGAUGACUGGGCCACCCUCUUCACGCUUCUGGAGUGCAUUGGUUCAGGCGUGAAGCCUCCAGAUGCCCUGCAGGCCACAGCCAGGGCAGAUGCACCUGAUGCUGGGGCCCAAUCAGACAGCGAGCUCCCAUCCUACCAUCCAAAUGACGUGAGCCUAGACCGAGGUUACACUUCCGACUCAGAGGUCUAUACUGACCAUAACAGGCCUGGCAAGAUACACCGAUCAGCCACAGAUGCUGAUGUGGUCAACAGCGGUUGGUUAGUGGUGGGGAAGGAUGACAUCGAUAACUCCAAGCCAGGGCCUGGGCUCAGUAGACCAGGUUCAUCAUCCCUGGUCAAUCAGUACAGCCUAACAGUGGGGCUGGACCUGGGGCCACACGACACUAAGUCCCUGCUUAAGUGUGUGGAAUCACUGUCCUUUGUUGUGCGAGACGCUGCCCACAUCACACCCGACAACUUUGAACUCUGCGUUAAGACUCUUCGCAUCUUUGUGGAAGCCAGUCUGAAUGGCGGAUACAAAUCCCAGGAGAAACGGAGCAAGAGUCACAAAUAUGACAGCAAAGGAAACCGCUUCAAGAAGAAAUCCAAGGAGGGCUCAGUGCUUCGACGGCCUCGAACCUCAAGCCAACAUGCCACUCGGGGAGGACAUAGUGAUGAUGAUGAGGAUGAAGGCGUGCCAGCCAGCUACCAUACGGUGUCUUUACAGGUCAGUCAAGACUUGUUGGACCUGAUGCACACCCUGCACACACGUGCAGCCUCCAUCUACAGCUCAUGGGCCGAGGAACAGCGCCACCUGGAGACAGGUGGCAGGAAGAUCGAAGCAGAUUCUCGCACCCUCUGGGCACACUGCUGGUGCCCUUUACUGCAGGGCAUUGCUUGCCUGUGCUGUGACGCCCGGCGCCAGGUGCGGAUGCAGGCACUGACCUAUCUGCAGCGAGCACUACUGGUCCACGAUCUGCAAAAGCUGGAUGCCCUGGAAUGGGAGUCCUGUUUUAACAAGGUGCUGUUUCCUCUACUGACCAAGCUCUUGGAGAACAUCAGCCCUGCAGAUGUGGGUGGGAUGGAGGAAACCCGGAUGAGGGCCUCCACCCUGCUCUCUAAGGUCUUUCUGCAGCACCUGUCUCCACUGCUGUCACUCUCUACCUUUGCGGCCCUCUGGCUGACCAUCCUGGACUUCAUGGACAAGUAUAUGCACGCAGGCUCCAGCGACUUGCUGUCAGAGGCCAUCCCGGAAUCUCUGAAGAACAUGCUACUGGUCAUGGACACAGCAGAGAUUUUCCACAGUGCAGAUUCACGAGGUGGUGGCCCCUCUGCCCUCUGGGAGAUCACAUGGGAGCGAAUUGACUGUUUCCUACCCCACCUACGAGAUGAACUCUUCAAGCAGACUGUCAUUCAGGAUCCCAUGCCGAUGGAACCUCAUGCCCCAAAACCUCUCGCCCCAGCCCACCUGACUCCUGCUGCUGGUGACACCAGGACACCUGUCCAUCCACCUCUCCUAGAGAUGCCCUCUGAGCUGGGAGCCUGUGACUUGGAGAAGUCUGAGGGCCCCCGAACUGUCAGUAGCAGCUCCCCAGGAUCACCAGUGGCCUCUAGCCCCAGCAGACUGAGCCCCACCCCAGAUGGGCCUCCACCCCUGGCUCAGCCCCCACUGAUCCUACAGCCCCUGGCCUCCCCACUGCAGGUGGGCGUGCCCCCCAUGACUCUGCCCAUCAUCCUCAACCCUGCGCUCAUUGAGGCCACCUCACCAGUGCCCCUGCUGGCCACACCCCGCCCUACAGACCCCAUGCCCACCUCCGAGGUCAACUAA